GAGGAAAUAUAGGGUUCGAUAAAAAGGUAUGGGAGGUUGUUGAAUAUAAAAAGGGUGAAACUCCAUCAAUUACUUUUAAAUAUCACAGUCAUGAUGGAGAGGAAGGUUAUCCUGGGGAUAUUACCGUUAUUGCAACUUACACGCUCAUUUCCGGAACAACUAUGAGGCUUGACAUGGAAGGAGUACCAAAGGACAAGCCCACCAUAAUUAACUUAGCUCAGCAUACCUAUUGGAACUUGGCUGGCCACAACUCAGGAGACGUCCUUAACCAUUCCAUUCAGAUAUGGGGGAAUCAUGUAACCCCAGUCGAUCAGAACACUGUGCCAACCGGCGAAAUAAUGCCAGUGAAGGAUCCGUUUGAUUUUACCACUGAGAGCAGAAUAGACAACACCAUUGGUCAGGUUGGAAUGUGAUACGACCACAACUAUGUGCUUGAUUGUGGUGACGAGAAAGCAGGUUUGAAACAUGCUGCUAAAGUGAGAGAUCCCUCAAGUUCAAGAGUGCUAAACUUGUGGACAAAUGCCCCUGGCAUGCAGUUUUACACGGCAAACUAUGUCAAUGGCGUUAACGGAAAAGGAGGCGCCGUAUAUGGAAAGCAUGCAGGGCUGUGUUUGGAGACUCAGGGAUUCCCUAAUGCCAUAAACCAGCCAGAUUUCCCAACUGUUGUGGUUAGACCUGGUGAGAAGUACCAACAUUCAAUGAUGUUUGAGUUUUCAAUUGAGUAAAGUGAUGAUGUGGCAUGGAACACCAUUGUACCAACAUUUCUGUUUCCAUGCUUUGGUUUGGAACUUGAACAAUGGUGUUUCUCACAAUUGAGUAAAGUAAAAUGUGUGUUUGUGUUUUACAU